AUGCAGCGCACAUUAUCGGAACAACAGGAACAUGAACUAUUAAGCAAUCCAUUCGAACUACGGCAUGGUCGCAGAUAUCUGAGAGACGUGCCUUAUCCGUUGCCUUGCGAUCUGGCUGAAACCCAACGACAAAACCUGAGGACACUGCUAUCGGUCACCGCGUUCGGCCGCCCUGUGUGCUCGCCCAAAUGGGACAACGAAGCACCAAAGAGAGUCCUUGAAGUUGGUUGUGGCAGUGGAUACUGGAGUGCGAUGUGCCACGAUUACUUUGUCGAGAAAGGUUAUACCGAUGUCGAGUUUGUCGGCAUGGAUAUCGCUCCCUUGGCACCCAAUCUGAACAAGCAGGGCAUCAAAUGGAAAUUCGUGCAGCACGAUCUGCGGAAAACGCCUUGGCCCUUCGAUGACGGCGAAUUCGACAUGGUGAUGAUGAAGGACCUCAGCCUCGUGCUCACCAUGGGCCCUGUGUCGGAGAAGAUUCUGCUGGACUGCAUCCGACUCGUCCGAGAGGGAGGUGUGAUGGAAGUAUGGGAUUCAGAUCAUGCGAUAAGAUCUCUGAUGCCUGACACGCCACCGCCGCCUUCGAAAAACCCCAAGGUCCAGGAGGUUGCAGAGGAGACUGGGACAUUCGCCCUCGCGCCCGGCCAUCCUUUCGUCCCUGCUCAAAACAAAUUCAUCUACAAAGUGAGCCAAUGGAUCACAGAAGCCCUGGACCGAAGGAAGCUCCAUCCGACGCCUUGUGUCCGAAUCGCCCAAGUAAUGCUCCAGGAGGCGGACCUGAUCGAUCAUGGCCAACGACGGAUAGCCGUCCCUCUUGGAGAGCUUCGCUGGGAGCGAAAAGCCUCCCAACAAAAGCGCCCUCUCAGCAAUGGCCACGAUUCGCCCAUGUCGACCGGAUCCCGAGACCAAGGCGUCAAGAAUGGAGAAUACGUCUUGACAGCAGAACAGGCCGCCCUUCGACAGACUGCUCUAAUGACCUUCCUCCAGAUGAUCGAAAGCAUGGAGCCAAUCUUGAAAGAAGCCAGCGGCAAAAACGCCGAGGAAUGGAGCCAUUGGUGGGCGAACAUGAUGUCGAGUCUGCUGGAUCCCAGCAAAGGUGGCUUGACAGGUGAAUGUCUCGAGAUUGGCGCCUGGUGGGGGACUAAGGUCGCCGUGGAGGAGUGA